CUUUUUUCCAUAGAAUUCAAACCCUUUGACGUCAUGGAGUUACCAGCACCACACACAAUCAGCGCGAUUGGUGACACGUUCGAUAACUCUCGAAUCGCAAUUGAUAAGAUUGCCCGGCGUGUAAAACAACGUAUCGCGACCAAUGUCAACGGGAAAAGUGAAAGAAAUCGACAUCAGUCGACUUGAAUCGUUCCACCGCAAAACUUAACAUCGUCGGCUGUGGUACUGCGCAGGUGUGAAAGAAGAGCACCAUUCCAGUCAUAAUAAACACAAACGCAUAUCGUUCACGAUGGGAUUAAAGCUGAAAUGGUUCCGUCGUCGAAUCACCUUCGAGGGAAUCCCAUCGGCACCCGAACGUAAUAUUAGAAGGAAAGAGAAUACUUCCGGAUUUACCGCUGUUGGAGUCUACAGACAGAGCGUAAACUUUGAAGACUACAUUGAGCCAUCUAGGGCAUCCUACGGUGAGCCACCAAGUCAACCGUUUGUGACCACGACAAUCAGAAAACCAAACACGUCUACAACCUCUUCGACGAUUGCGAAUAAGUCAUCGGAAAAGAACAAUGUAGGAGAUAAGAUAGCACGACAACGGCGAUCCAUUGAAACACCUCCCGAGCCAAACUAUUUGCCACCUAAGCCUCCUAUGAGACGAGCUGUCACUAAGACGAAGUCCACGCCAAACAUUUCGACACUUGAGGAACCGUCAGAAAUACAACCAAUCGAGACGACCCGAUCAAUAGAAGUACUCAAUGAUGUGCCAGAACCGCAGGGAAAUGCUUCCAAUACACAGACAUCUCGAGCUAUCGCAAUCAACUACAAUGCAGGGGUUGAUAGCAAUACUACUCAUAAACUGGCCCAAAAUUAUGAAGUCGAACGGAUAGAACAUUGGAAGCAACAGCAACCUGAGUUUUUCAAUGAAAUUCUAGAGAAGGUCAAUGAAUUCGCAAACACUUCUAAACCUGUAAGGGUUGAAGAAGAUCAUGGCAGUGAAACAGAAUCAUAUGAUGAGAUUUUCGAAAAAGUCAAGGCUAAACCACGAGGUCCUCUGGAAUCAACGAUUCCAUUCGAACCGCAGACAAUCAUUACCAACUCUAUCGAACAAAAUCUCAGUCGACACACAAGCGCCAGCUCAGUCGAAGACAUAUUUGAACCCCGACCACCGGAAUAUAUGUUUGCAAUUUCUAUGGACGAAGAUCUUGAGAACGACACAGUAAAACCCGAGGUAGUCCCAAGAACUCCAGAAUCAAAACCCAGAAUUCUGGCAGAAGCAAGUCCACAACCUGACAGAUCAACAGAGACAAGUCUACCACUCGUCAACCUGCCAGAAACAAGUCCACAACCUGAGAGGCCUUUAAAAUCUAUCCUGAAGAAACGCGCUCCAGCUCCGCCAUCUCAGCAACCUCCGCAAACAGAAGCUAGCGCUACAAUCCCGACAGAAGUACCUAUUCCUCCCCCGAGAACCAUCCGGAAACAGCCGGAUCCCGCUCCUAAAGAGCCAAGUGAUGACGAUGAUGACGAUUACCUCAACUGGAAUAUGAUUGAUCGCCAUCGUUCCAGCAUAACCCAUACCGUAGCUUCACAACGAAUUAACCCAGAAACCAUGAAAAACGUGCCUGCCAGUUUGCAACAAGCGAAACCCCUCUUAAACACCAGGGCCAUAGCCGACGAAGAACAGCCCAAAACGCUUCGGGAAAUGCGCAACCGACAACCAGCUCCCAUAUCACAAGGCAACACAAUUCUUGGUCUUCAGAGUCGAAAUGCCCGCGACAGUGAAUCGAACGUCUCCGAAGCGUCAGCAUAGAGUUGUUGCGACGCGUAUAAUCUUAUCUUAUCUAAUUUAAGCGAAUAAAAUUUAAAACAAAAGUCAA